UUGGAUAUUAUUAUUUUUCUGAUCAGAAUAAACAAGACUGCAGAUUUAGUUGACUUUUAUCUUCUCAUUACUGAUAAAAUAUCCUGGAAAAUGUCAUAUAUAUAUCUUUUCCCGGUCGCAGUUUUUUUACUGUUUCAGAUUACAUUUCUAGGAACUUAUAUCGCUGCUGUUCUUCAGGGUCACGUAGUGCCCACAGUGCCAUAUAUCAGUGAUGAUGCCACAUAUUCCCCAGAAAGUUGCGUAUUUGGGCAGCUGAUAAAUUUUGGCAGCAUCCUAUUGGGCAUCACAAUUUAUAUACGAUACCGACAAAUUCAGCAACUAUACAGUCAUCAUCCCGAUUUGGGCUCUUUACUACUGCAUUACAAUAAGAUUGCAUUUUGGUUUGGAUUAACUUCUUGUUUGGGCAUAAGCAUUGUUGGAAACUUUCAGGAAACUAAUGUACGCAUCGUACACUUUACCGGUGCAUUUUGUUGCUUUGGCUGUGGCACAGUAUUCUUUUGGUUGCAGGCAUUAAUUACGUACAUGGUUUAUCCGAUUGCAAGUACGAAAUUAUACGCUCACAUUCGUUUGGGAAUGUCCAUUUGCUGCACCGUUCUAUUCAUAUUGAUCGCCGUUACUGGGGUUAUGUCACAUAUUCUUUUCAAAGGCGAAAAUCCUAGGCAAUGGUAUCCUUCGGAUGGUGGCUGGUAUUUCCACGUAAUAAGCUCAAUAUCGGAGUGGAUUAUGGCUACUAUCUUCUGUUUCUAUAUUUUGACCUUUACGGAGGAGUUUCGCGAUGUUAGACUUGAUCAUCCGGAAUUGACGUUGAUCUCAUAUUCAAUAACUUUGUAAAAAUUCCAAAUGAACUUAUUUAUAUCAUUGAAUUUUCCUGUUUUCCCAAAACAAACAUCGACGAAUAUAUAGUAUGUAUAUUUUAAGAACUAAAACUCAAAAAUAAUAUGUGCUAUGUAUUUCCAAAGAUAUAUAAAGGUGCUGUGAUAAAUUAUGUUUUCUUGGAUUUAAAUAUUAUCCAGCAAAUAUGACCUUAUUUUAAUGAUAAAAUAUAACUAAUUUGAUUGAAUUCUGGUA